AUGAGACAUCUUUUGUUCUUAUCAAUCUUUGUCUUAGCUCUUUCAGGACCUGCUGUCAAGCCUACAGAUCCAGAUCUGAUUGCUAUGCAAGAAAUGGUUGACGAAAUUAAUAGAGUUCAAGACUCAUGAACUGCUUCUACUGACUGGCUCAGCCAAGUGACAAUUGCUAAAGCUAAAAGUAAGCUGCUGACCUCAGAACCAAAGCCAAGAAUGUUCCCAAAAAAAGACUGGGGUGCGCUAUUAGAUUACCUCUCAAUCCCAGCAUCUUUCGACUCAAGACAGCAGUGGCCAAAGUGCAUUCAUCCAGUUCAGAACGAUGAAGGAUGUGAUGGUGGUUGGGCAUAAUUAAAUAUGGCGUCUCAACUUGAGUCUGGCCUUUCGGCCAGACAGUUUCGAGCCCUAUUUAAUUAUAUCCGGCAAGGUUUUGCCUAGCUAGAGAUGGACAACAAUAUCAGGUAAGCAAUUCUGGCAGUGUACAGAGCCUGAUCCUAGUCCGUUCUCAGGUUAGGAUUUUACCUCGAGGUAAAAGGAGGCUUGGAGUUGGAAAGGGGAAGCCCAGCAGUGCCUACAGGUAAUUCCUAGGCCAUUCGGGCAAGCCUCUAGCGAGAAACCGGGAGUUUCGCCCGGGCUACAAGUUUUCCUUUUUGCCGAAAGUCGGCCAAAUAUUCCAUUUUUUGGAAUUUCCUAGCAGGCAACCUUCGUUACAGAGAAAGUAGCUCAUUCAUGAGCCGUCGAAGGCGGAACAUCGCGCAGGAGGCGCACGUUGGAGAUCAAAGCUAGCUGUCCCAGCAACUAGUGGGCCCCGAGCGACGAGAGCGUGGUGGUAGUCCUGGAAGAGCAACCCCGUAGGAGACGUUAAACGUCAUGGUUACUAAGUUAAGAUGGUGGUUGGGCAUAUUCAGCUACUGGUGUUCUUGCAGAUCGAUUUUGCAUUACUACUAAUGGCACAAUUGAUGUUGUGCUGUCUCCGGGAUUUCUCCUUGUUUGCAUACUAGAUCCCGUAGAAAUGAACUGUAAUGGAGGAACUGCUGAUGCAGCUUGGCAAUUUUUGGUAGAAAGUGGAACCGUUACAGAAAAAUGCGUUCCUUAUCAUAUAUGAAGUCUAGACGAUCCAUGCCCUAAUUAUUGCAAUGAUCACUCAAGAUUUGUAUAUUACAAAGCUGCGUAUAUGCAGACAUACGCUGGACCGAGCUCUAUGCAAGCUGCAAUCUUAGCAGGAGGACCUAUUGAAACUACUCUGAAAGUUUAUGAAGAUUUACUGACUUAUAAAGGAGGCAUUUAUAAACAUACAUUGGGGAAGUAUAUAGGUAUGAGCUCUGUUAAAGUGAUUGGAUGGGGUAAUCAGAAUGGAACGAACUAUUGAAUUGCACAAAACGUUUGGGGAACUCUUUGGGGGCAGAAAGGAUACCUUUGGAUAGCUUUCGGUCAAGUCGAAGUUGAUAAAGAAGCUGUAGCUGGAGCUGCUAAUCCGAAAAUCUAA